CGUCCUUUUGUGGAACUCUCAACGGUCACGAUGAUAGUGUCGUCUCUAGACUACGAAGAACCGCUAGAUAUCAGCCACGUGUCAUCACAUCCUAGAUCAGUCUCCUUAAGGUUCGAUGCAUCGUCGAUCAAAUCAAGGGCCACGAUUGUUGGUUCAGCUUCUUCAAGAUUCGCGUUCACCGUAUCUCACAACUCUUUGAAGCCGUGGUACCUUUCCUUCACCAACACGUCACCUUACAACGCCGCCGCUCAAGUUUCUCCUCUCAGCAGCGCACGGUCGUUAUCUUUCGCGUCUCCGGCGGCGCGUGGUGGUGGUUUCAAAGACGCUAAACCAGCCGCAUACAGGAAGAGUCUGUUUCCAUCUACCCCGUUGCCGGAGAAGACGAAGACGGAUUCGUACCGGGAAACUCCACGUCCGUCAUUUUUUCAGUCUCCGGCUAUGUUCUUUCGCCGGGAGAAAAAUGUCACCGGAGGGGAGAAGACACGUGAACGUGAAGCGUUCAUAUCGUAUCUGAAGUUUUACCGGAGACCGUACGACGAGACGGCGUAUAGGUCUAAGCUGAGAGGCCCACAUAGGUCAGUCGUGUCUUCGCACAGAAGAUUUCGCCACGUGUCUCUAUCUCAACGGUUUUAAUUUCGAAAGGACGAGAUUACAAAGUGAAUAUAUAACAUCGAUGAUUGGAUCUGUUACGAGUACUCUUUUUCUUAAC